CGGGGCUCUUCCCGGCGCGGAGGGAUCCGCAGCCGAGCCGAACGCGGUGCUGAGGCAGCCUCAGCGAAAAAAAUGUCCGCCUGAGGAGACCCACAAGUUCUAUUCGGGGGGACCGCCAGCCCGCCCCGGGAGGAAGGGGCGGCCAGGCCCGAGAGCCGCCUCCCCCGCCCGGAUCCGAGAGCUCGCGCGGGGCAAAGUGAGCCGAACCGCCGGGCGGUGCAAGGGGAAGCCCGAGCCCGCUCUGCCGGCCAAAGUGAACUUUAAUCGGGGUGGUUGGAUGCGGAGACGGGGCGGCAGGACCUGCUAGAAGUGGCCGAAGAUGAAUCCCCAGCAGCAGCGCAUGGCCGCUAUAGGGACCGACAAGGAGCUGAGCGACCUGCUGGACUUCAGUGCGAUGUUUUCCCCACCUGUUAAUAGUGGGAAAACCAGACCAACGACACUGGGAAGCAGUCAGUUCAGCGGAUCAGGUAUGGAUGAACGAGGAAGUACGACAUCUUGGGGAACAAGUGGUCAACCAAGUCCCUCUUAUGACUCAUCUAGAGGUUUUACAGACAGCCCUCAUUACAGUGAUCACUUGAAUGACAGUCGAUUAGGGGCCCACGAAGGCUUGUCCCCAACACCUUUCAUGAACUCAAAUCUAAUGGUUCCACAGAUGAAGAAACUGGGGCUUAGAGAGAGAAAGACAGGGAGAGGGAGCAAGCGUGUGACUGAUCAAGUGCAUAAGAGGAAAACGUCAGAAAGAGGCUCAUUUUCCCUGUACAGCAGAGAUACUGGAUUACCAGGCUGUCAAUCUAGUCUCCUGAGACAAGAUCUAGGGCUUGGAAGCCCAGCACAACUCUCUUCUUCAGGAAAACCUGGAACACCAUACUACUCAUUCUCUGCCACAAGUUCCAGGAGAAGACCACUCCAUGACUCUGCAGCACUUGAUCCUUUGCAAGCAAAGAAAGUCAGAAAGGUGCCUCCUGGUUUGCCUUCUUCUGUAUAUGCACCAUCCCCAAAUUCAGAUGACUUCAACCGUGAAUCUCCUAGUUAUCCAUCUCCCAAGCCACCAACCAGUAUGUUUGCUAGCACUUUCUUUAUGCAAGAUGGGACCCACAAUUCUUCUGACCUUUGGAGUUCAUCAAAUGGGAUGAGCCAGCCUGGUUUUGGUGGAAUUCUGGGGACCUCCACUUCCCACAUGUCUCAAUCCAGUAGUUAUGGCAGCCUUCAUUCACAUGACCGCUUGAGUUAUCCUCCACACUCAGUUUCACCAACAGACAUAAACACGAGUCUUCCACCAAUGUCCAGCUUCCACCGCGCCAGUACCAGCAGUUCACCUUACGUUGCUGCCUCACACACACCUCCCAUCAAUGGAUCAGAGAGCAUUCUAGGAACCAGAGGAAAUACUGCUGGAAGCUCACAGACAGGUGAUGCACUUGGAAAAGCUUUGGCAUCUAUUUAUUCUCCUGACCAUACCAGCAGUAGUUUUCCGUCAAAUCCAUCAACACCAGUUGGAUCACCCUCACCUCUCACAGGUACCAGUCAGUGGCCCAGACCUGGAGGGCAAGCUCCUUCAUCCCCAAGCUAUGAAAACUCACUCCACUCCCUGCAAUCUCGAAUGGAGGAUCGUUUGGACAGACUGGAUGAUGCCAUCCAUGUGCUGCGGAAUCAUGCUGUGGGACCUUCCACCAGUUUGCCUGCUGGUCACAGUGAUAUACACAGUUUAUUGGGACCAUCCCAUAAUGCACAAAUUGGAAGCCUCAAUUCAAACUAUGGUGGAUCAAGCCUUGUUACAAGCAGUCGAUCUGCUUCAAUGGUCGGAACUCAUCGAGAAGACUCUGUCAGUCUCAACGGCAAUCAUUCAGUCCUGUCUAAUACAGUCACUGCUUCAAGCACAGACGUGAACCAUAAAACACAGGAAAAUUAUAGAGGUGGCUUGCAAAGUCAGUCUGGAACUGUUGUUCCAACAGAAAUCAAGACUGAAAACAAAGAGAAAGAUGAAAACCUUCAUGAACCUCCUUCAUCAGAUGACAUGAAAUCAGAUGAUGAAUCCUCCCAAAAAGAUAUCAAGGUUUCAUCUAGAGGCAGAACAAGUACUAAUGAAGAUGAGGAUUUGAACCCAGAGCAGAAGAUAGAAAGGGAGAAGGAAAGGCGGAUGGCUAACAAUGCCAGAGAACGCUUGCGUGUGCGGGAUAUUAAUGAGGCAUUCAAAGAGCUUGGUCGAAUGUGUCAGCUUCAUUUAAAGAGUGAAAAACCCCAAACAAAACUCCUUAUUCUUCAUCAGGCCGUGGCAGUCAUCCUUAGUCUAGAACAGCAAGUCAGAGAGAGGAACCUUAACCCCAAAGCAGCCUGCCUUAAGAGAAGAGAAGAAGAAAAAGUUUCUGCCGUAUCGGCAGAGCCACCAACCACACUGCCAGGAACGCAUCCUGGGCUUAGUGAAACUACCAACCCUAUGGGUCAUAUGUAAGCAUCAGCCAGUUCCAGAGUUAUCAGUAGGCUAGAUAGAAGGUGACCUCUCCUCAUAAGGACUUGGACAACUCAGAUUAUCUGAAGACACAAACCUGAUAGGAGGGAGAAGAAAAAACAAAACACUUGAAGCAAGAAAUGCAAAUGUAAUCCUACGAUCAAAGCAACUGGUCAACACUUCCAUCAGAAGUGAAGAUAGGAAGCUCAUCAGAUAGAACGUCAGCCCAUGAGAUGUUUGCAACAUAUCAUUUUGUUGCAAGCAGUGUGUCGCUUCUGCACAAUCAGAGACUGUUUCGAUCUCUCCACUCACCGUGGAAGUUGCCUUGUGCCUAAACUGAAUGACAAAUGCAUUGUAACUACAAAUUUUAUUUAUUGUUAUGGAACUGUAAGGUCUACAUAUAAAGGGAAAAAGUUAAUGUGGAAAGCUGAUCUCCACUCAGCUGAUGCCAGCAUUAGUUAAAGCUGUUCACGUGCAGAGAACAAAGCAGUGACAACCAUUGGCCCUUAGCAUUCCCGGCAUACCUAUUAGUGUCUUAAAAAGGAAGGGAAAAGUCUUUUGUUGCCCUCUCCUAUCCUUUUGCCAUAUGAAUAGUGUUUUCCAUGAAAUAGGAAAAUAUUACUUGGUAUAGCAUUUCUCUUGCAUUCAUUUUUUCAUUCAUUUUUAUUUUUUCUUUGUGGGUAUUGUAUUUGGUCUCUGAAUCUGAAUAGUUUAUGGUCACAGUCAAGAAUCCUCCCUGUAGCCCUAUGUGCUUUGCAUAUUUACCUUACAGAGAUAAGCAGAGACCAUCUGUGACCAUAGCCUAGCUAAGAUUUUAAAAGGGGAAAUUUUGUCCCCUAGAUUUUCCCCCAAAUAAAUAUUGCUUUAUUUCUAAUCAUAACCAAGACUUUUCAAGCUUCUAGGUUUAUAUAGUAAAGCUUGUAAUAGCAAGAAAUGUAAAUUACAAGGGAAGAAUUUACUUUUUAGAAAUUGCUUUGUUUUCCAAGCAGUAAGUACUACAUAUAGUACUUGUAAAGUGUUAGCUGUAAGUAAGCACAAAAUGGAUAUAAAAUACAAAGAAGAUUUUCAGGCUGUGAUUAUGUUGAACAUAACAACCCAGUAGUCACCAAGGCAGGUAGUGUGAUAAAUGAACACACCACUCUGAGGCUAAUUACCUAAUGGAAUACAAGAGCAAUGGUCACCCAUGUGUCCUUAUUCUAGCCUUUAUUUCUCUGUCAUUUGGAUGGCUGGUCAGUGGGGAGGAAUUCAGUGGGUGAUGUAAUCAACUGCAGACCAUCUGCCCCGUCCCAAGAAGAUGAGCCAGAUUAGCAUUAAACCAGUCCCUGUCAGUCCAUCUUAAUACUGUGCAUUAAGGCACCCCUCUGUCUCUAAUCCUUAAGAGUUGCUUUUAAGACAUAAUAAUCACUUUGAACUUCCAUGAAACCUGUCUUCCACCACAGCAACCCUGGGAGAGAAAAACAUGCUAAGCAAGGUUGUCUUGGCUUAAUAAUUCCUUAUAGCCAAUAUCAACAAUGGCAAUCAGCACAUAGAAGAAAGGACCCAAAUCACUAUGUAACUUAAAGAUUUCUGUUCAUUUGAAAGAACAAACACAAUUAAAACAGAACUUCAGAUCCUUCAAUCAGGAUGAUUCCUAACAAAUCAGUCUUUUGUGAACGUAGUGGACUUUUUGGUUACUUUAAUUUACCUAUAUUCUCCGAUUACAUCAGACUCUGUCUGUGGCCUUGUUCUUCAUUUCAGUGUUAAUCAGCUAAACAGAAGUUGUUGCUUAUGAUGUGUGAGUGAACAUAUGCCACUGCCUGGCCUUUUUUCUUCAGAGCUUGUUGUCUUUUUCGCUAUAUUAGACUUUGCAGUAUGCCCAGAAGCUUUCCUUCAUAAAAUAGAAAGAAAAAUACAUUUGGCUUAUUUUUCACUGUAGCUAGUCUUUUAUACAAUAAUCUUGUAAGAAAAUUUCUUGAAUUCUAAAUAUUACUCUUUCUAGAUUUUUGAAAUCGAAAAGUUUUCAGUAAAAAGUUUCUUACUUUAUUUUAUUAUAUUAGGUAGUAAAAAUGUAGGGUUAUUUACCAUAACCUGUUCAUUAAUAUCAGAAAUUUACAAUAGCAUUUUAAGACCAUAGUAGAAUUCUAGCAUACCGUGUAGUACCUAUGGAGUAUUGUAAGAGCUAAUUGUCCGAGAUGAACUGCUUCUCAUCUUGUUCUCCAGUUUCCAUUGUUGGUUUAUUGCAGAUUUGUAUCCUGUGUCAAAUUCAAGGUAUUAUUGAUAAACCUUUUCAACCAGCAGCAAGAAGUUCAAAUUUUUUUCUGUCACUGUAACAGAAAACACAACAUGUAUAUAACAUUUAUGUAGCAAUAAAUGUGCCAUCUUUUUUUUAACAUAGUAAA